AUUCCAGUACGAACGUUGAUGCCAUAACAGAAUUUUUAAAUGAAGUAACACGAGCUCAUAAAGAAGAUCAGAAAAGAAUGAAAGGGCGUUUGGAUACGGUCGCAUUAGAUGAACCGCUUGAAUUAAUAUUAAGAAAGGAAUUAGAAACGUUUAUAAAUGAUAAAAGUUUCUACGAAAGAAUUGGAUUGCCUUAUCGACGUGGUAUUCUAUUAUAUGGAAAGCCGGGAACGGGAAAAACUAGUUUGGUGAAUGCGAUCUCUUCACAAUUAUCUCGUGAUAUUUAUUACUUAAAUCUUAAAAACAUCAAGGAUGAUAAUGAUUUAAGCGCCGCGUUUAGUGGCGUUCCCCCUAAUAACCUUAUUGUACUUGAAGAUGUCGACACCCAAUCUAAAGUACUUCACAAAAGAACUGAAGAUUCCUCAUCUUCGGAUCAACAAAAUAAAUCAGAAGAUAAACCACGAUUUAGUUUAUCAACUUUCUUGGGAUAUUUGGAUGGUCAUAUAUUAGCUGAAGGAAAUAUCAUCAUCAUGACGACAAAUCACGUUGAAUUUCUUGACCCUGCUUGUAUUCGUCCUGGUCGCAUGGACGUACAUCUUGAACUUGGUUAUUGUACUCAUUAUCAGAUUAAAAAAAUGUUUAAAGGUGUGGUCGAAAAUCCUGAAGUUGAGUUCCCUCGAGAUAUUCUUGAACAAAUUCCCGAAAGGUUGUUGCCUCCUUGUGAAGUUAUGAUGACUAUGGUUUUAUAUCGCAACGAAAUUGACAUGAUUCCACAAAAGAUUUAUGAAUUGGUCUCAAAAUAUAUAAACAUGAAACCUGAAGAUAUUGCAAAACAGAUGGAAGAAGAAACGCUCCGUAUUGCAGAAGCAUCUGCUAAUUUGAAGCAAUCAGCAAAUCACAGAGCGUACGAGGAUAGUGAUACAGAUGUAGAUUUCGAUUAUAGGUCAAGAAAAAUGAAAAACAUGAAAAACUUCAAAAAAUGUCAAAAACGGCAAUAUGUUUGA